GAAAUAAACAUUAAGACCGUAGUUACUAAUGUUCAAAAAACAACAGUUUGAAUGCGCAGGCGCGGCGGAGCCCGAGGGCUGGCGCACACAAAGGGCAUGCGGGCAUGGGCGUGGCUUGUGCCAGCAACGGAUUCCCUGAAGAGCUUGCGCGAGUACCCAGAAGCCCUUGCAUAGGUUACCCGGAAGCACCUGAUCUUCCGCAACGAGUGCACACGCGUUCGCCGCUGGCGUCCUCUCAGCUUUCCUUCUACAUUUUCCGGUUUUCCACCUGCAGCCGGUAGCCAAGGCCUGAGCUCACAACCAUGGCUUCAGAGGACUCUGCCUCCGUCUUUCCGGACAACUCAGAGUUGCCGACAGACAUUGUAGAACUGCACGAGAUCGAGCUGGAGACCAUCCCUGUGGAAACUAUUUCUGUGACGACCAUCCCUAUGGAAACCUUUCAGAUGGAAACCAUAGAGGAGUACGGAGAUUUCAGCGGCAGUUGGGUCCACGGAGGCCACAACCACCCACCUCUGAUCGCGCUGCAGCCGCUCAUCACCAGCAGCCAGGGGGAUCACGACCAAGAAAUGAUUAUGGUGCAGACACAAGAGGAAGUAGUGGGCUGCUACGAGUCAGAUAACUUGCAGACCAACAGUGACUUCGAGGACCGGAUGCUCCUCCCACUCGGCAACGAAGACGACGACUUCCAGCAGACGCUGGCAUCCUUGUCUGCCUCCUCAUCUUCAUCGGCCUCCAGCCGUGGCAGGAAGCGCAGCCGCAGCAUAAAGCACAGCGACAAGGAGAGUCAUCCCAGCAGUGAGGCCAACGCAGGAGAAAGCGGUAAGAAGUGGGAGCAGAAGCAGAUGCAGAUCAAGACUCUAGAGGGUGAGUUCUCUGUCGCCAUGUGGUCCUCAAAUGAAAAUAAAAACCCCGAGACAGGGCCUGGAGAACAGAGUGGGGACAAUUCACCUCCUGAUUAUUCAGAGUACAUGACCGGGAAGAAACUUCCUCCUGAAGGAUUACCUGGCGUGGACCUCUCAGAUCCCAAACAAUUGGCAGAAUUUACUAGAAUGAAGCCAAAAAGUUCUAAAGAAGAUACUCCCAGAACGAUAGCUUGUGCUCAUAAAGGCUGCGAAAAAAUGUUCAGGGAUAACUCUGCUAUGAGAAAACAUCUGCAUACCCACGGGCCUAGAGUCCACGUCUGUGCAGAAUGUGGCAAAGCUUUCGUUGAGAGCUCAAAACUAAAACGACACCAACUGGUUCAUACCGGAGAGAAGCCGUUUCAGUGCAUAUUUGAAGGCUGUGGAAAACGCUUUUCACUGGACUUCAAUUUGCGUACACAUGUGCGAAUCCAUACCGGAGACAGGCCCUUCGUGUGCCCCUUCGAUGGUUGUAAUAAGAAAUUUGCUCAGUCAACUAACCUGAAAUCUCAUAUCCUAACGCAUGCCAAGAACAAAAACAACCCGUGAGAAGAAGAGAGAACACGCUUCUCAAACUGGGGAAGCAUCUCCAGGAGUGUGAGGGGGAGUAAGAUAUGCCUCCCUUUGGUAUAUUGUUUCUAGGAAAGGAUUUAAAAAAUCCUACACAUCUAAGGGUUAUGUUUUGAUAAAGUAGUAAAAAUAAAAGAUUAAAAAAAGUUAUAACUGUGUGUAGUAAUGUUAUAUACUAAUACUGUAAGAUAGUAUUGCUAAGAUGCCUUUUCUGUUCUGUAAUGCCAUUUUAAAAAUAGUGUUUUUGUAAAGUUUGGUCUAAAUAGGAAAAUAAUAAAUAAUAAACCUUCACUUCAAAACACAGUUUUUAUACAGCUGUGCUAAAACUGGGACUUUUCACUUUCAUAUGAAUAUGAAGCUCAUACAUAGCUUACAGUUUUUAAACAUUUUGUGUUUUCUAAGUGUUUAUACUACUGGGGAUAAUUCUGUGUUUUCACUUUCAUAUAAGUAUGAAGUUCAUACAUUGCUUAAGUUUUUUAACAUUUUAUAUUUUCUAAGUGUUUAUUUUUAUACUUUUGGGGAUAUUUCUGUGGGUGUUUGGAGUUUGAUAACUUUACUUACAGUAGAUUUUCUUUAAAAGAAUGGGACAGUUCUAGGCAUACAUAAAGUAGUUUUCCUGUUUAAAAGAAGUCAUGUAGGUUUUGUUACCUUAAUUUUGGUUGUAGUCUUUGAUGUUAACACAUUUUGCAUAACUAUCAUUUAGUUGUAUUAUGUAGUAUUCUGUGUUAGAUGUGAUUUGAUAAUUAGUCAAUUUAAAGCUAUUAUAGUCAUUUAUUUUCCAAAAAUACUGCUCAAUACUGUUUCUUCAAUGUAAUUUCUUUGCCUAUUCAGUUAUAGAGAGUGGUGGUCAGUCGUAGAAUAUAUUGUAUAGACAUUGAAUUUUUAGCAUCUGAUAUGUAUCUCUCAUGUAAUAGAUAAAGCAACAAUAAAAUAGUGGUUUUAAAAAGUAAAAUAAAAUAGAUUGUCUCUGUAAAUACCAUAGCUAACUACAAAAUACAGAAAUGAUAGAGGCCAGGGAUGCUGCUAAACAUCCUACCGUGCACAAGACAGUUCCCCACAAUGAAGAAUUAUCUGGCUCAGGAUACCAGAAGUGCCACCAUUGAGAAACCCUGCUUUAGAGAAAAUAAAAAUUGUAACAAGGAUUCCAUAGGUGUAUUUACAAACAGAUCAUUUAAUGCACAAAAAGUUGUUUAGGUGGAAGAAAUGGUGUGCGCCACCGCCUUGGUUGCCACUGAGCCAGCAUGGGCAGAUCCUGAGUCCAGAGGGGUGAUCUGAUACCAGCUGCAUGCCUAACAUAGGAGCCUACCCAGAGAGUCAAGGGGUUAGUGCUGCUGUAUGCCCCCACAUUUGUUCAUGCCUUGUUUCUUUGGCUUCUGUUCAAGUGGGAAAAGCCAGGGUGUGUAGUGGCAUCAUCCUGAUGAGGGAGGGACACAUAGAGUGCAAGCAUCCACGCAGUCCUGGAAGACUGUUCCAUAAUUAUGAAUUGGGGGAAAGCUGAAUGUAGCACAUGAUAAAGAUGGCAACUCCAGUCAGUGGAGAUGGAUUAUUUUGCAAAAUUGUGUUGAGACUAGCAACUGGGGGAAAAUUUUAGUUCUCUUCCUAAAUUAGUUUCACCAGUGUAAACCCCAAUGAAUCAAAGGAUUUAAUUUUGUUUUGCCUUGUUUUGUUUUCCUGAAGCUAUAAAAAAAAAGAAGAAAACGCAGGUAUCUUUUGUAAUUCUGAAAUGGGAAAGGCUUAAUACCAAAGAGCCGUUUGACCAUACCAAAACUUAAAAUGUCUAUAUAGCCAAAACCCUGGUGGCGUAGUGGUUAAAUGCUACGGCUGCUCACCAAAGGGUCAGCAGUUUGAAUCCACCAGGCGCCCCUUGGAAACUCUAUGGGGCAGUUCUACACUGUCCUAUAGGGUCGCUAUGAGUCGGAAUCGACUCGAGGGCACUGGGUUUUUUAUAUAGUCAAAACCACAAACCAAGCAAGACAGCAAACCAGAGGAAAAAAUUAUACCUGUUACAAAGGACCAAAUUCCUCAUAGUAUUUGAACACUUAUGAAUUAGUAGGCAAAAGACAACCCAGUCAAGGUCCUCAAUGUAUUUGAACACUUAGAAAUUAGUAAAAAAAAAAAAAAAAGACAA